GACCCCGCCCACCGCAUGCAGGCCCUGCAGGCCCUGCAGCCCCUCCCGGCCCGGCGGAACGCGUCCCUUUUAAGGGGGCAGGGGCCUGGGGGUCUGGGGCCAGCGCGCAAGAGGGACGCCUGGGUGCCUCGAGGGCGCCGUUCGGACGGGGAGGGUCCCGCGGGUCCCACUGACCCACGCGGGGUGGGGCCAGGGGUGGACGCUCGCUCGUACGCGGUCGCUACUGAACAUGCUUGGGCCAGGGUCCGAUCGCAGGCGCCCCACGCAGGGGGAGCGAGGCCCAGGGUCCCCUGGAGAGCACAUGGAGAAGUACAAGGUUUUGUACCAGCUGAAUCCUGGGGCCUUGGGGGUGAACCUGGUGGUGGAGGAAAUGGAAACCAAAGUCAAGCAUGUGAUAAAGCAGGUGGAAUGCAUGGAUGACCAUGACGCCAGUCAGGCCCUGGAGGAGCUGAUGCCACUGCUGAAGCUGCGGCACGCCCACAUCUCUGUGUACCAGGAGCUGUUCAUCACGUGGAAUGGGGAGAUCUCUUCUCUGUACCUCUGCCUGGUGAUGGAGUUCAAUGAGCUCAGCUUCCAGGAGGUCAUUGAGGAUAAGAGGAAGGCAAAGGAAAUCAUUGACUCUGAGUGGAUGCAGAAUGUGCUGGGCCAGGUGCUGGACGCGCUGGAAUACCUGCACCAUUCGGACAUCAUCCACAGGAAUCUCAAACCCUCCAACAUCAUCCUUGUCAGCAGUGACCACUGCAAACUGCAGGACCUGAGCUCCAACGUGCUAAUGACAAACAAAGCCAAAUGGAAUAUUCGUGCGGAGGAAGACCCCUUUCAUAAGUCCUGGAUGGCCCCUGAAGCCCUCAACUUCUCCUUCAGCCAGAAAUCAGACAUCUGGUCCCUGGGCUGCAUCAUUCUGGACAUGAUCAGCUGCUCCUUCAUGGAUGGCACAGAAGCCAUGCAUCUGCGGAAGUCCCUCUGCCAGAGCCCGGGCAGCCUGAGGGCCGUCCUGAAGACAAUGGAGGAGAAGCAGAUCCCAGAUGUGGAAACCUUCGGGAAUCUUCUGCCUUUGAUGCUCCAGAUCGACCCCUCAGAUCGAAUAACGAUAAAGGACGUGGUGCACAUCACCUUCGUGAGAGGCUCCUUCAAGUCCUCGUGCGUCUCUCUGACCCUGCACCGGCAGAUGGUGCCUGCGUCCAUCAUCGACAUGCUGUUAGAAGGCAACGUGGCCAGCAUUUUAGAGGUCAUGCAGAAAUUCUCUGGCUGGCCCGAAGUCCAGCUCAGGGCCAUGGAGAGGCUUCUGAAAAUGCCUGCAGAUCAGCUAGGUCUGCCGUGGCCCCCAGAGCUGGUGGAGGUGGUGGUUACAACCAUGCAGCUGCAUGACAGGGUCCUCGAUGUCCAGCUGUGCGCCUGCUCCCUGCUGCUGCACCUUCUGGGCCAAGUGCUGGUGCACCACCCAGAAGCCAAGGCUCCCUGCAACCAAGCCAUCACCUCCACCCUGCUGAGUGCUCUUCGGAGCCACCCUGAGGAGGAGCCACUUCUUGUCAUGGUCUACAGCCUGCUAGCCAUCACCACAACUCAGGAGUCAGAGUCACUGUCAGAGGAGCUGCAGAACGCCGGGCUGCUGGAGCACAUCCUGGAGCACCUCAACAGCUCCCUCAAAAGCAGGGACGUCUGUGCCAGCGGCCUGGGCCUGCUCUGGGCCCUCCUGCUGGACGGCAUCAUUGUGAACAAGGCCCCCUUGGAGAAGGUCCCGGACCUCAUCAGCCAGGUGUUUGCCACCUACCCUGCAGAUGGGGAUAUGGUGGAAGCCAGCUGCGGAGUCUUCUGGCUGCUGUCCCUGCUGGGCUGCAUCAAGGAGCAGCAGUUUGAACAAGUGGUGGCGCUGCUCCUGCAAAGCAUCCGGCUGUGCCAGGACAGAGCCCUGCUGGUGAACAAUGCCUACCGGGGACUGGCCAGACUGGUGAAGGUGUCAGAGCUGGCGGCCUUCAAGGUGGUGGUGCAAGAGGAGGGCGGCAGUGGCCUGAGCCUCAUCAAGGAGACCUACCAGCUCCACAGGGACGACCCAGAGGUGGUGGAGAACAUGGGCAUGCUGCUGGUCCACCUGGCUUCCUAUGGAACUGGUUUCUUACGCGGAAAAAGUGCUCUUGAGGCUGGAGGCAGCCACCUCUCCCAGCCCCCCGGGCGGGGAAGCAGCUCAGCCCUGAUGCUGGGGCGAAGACAGACACCCCACAGGCCCCUCCUCCACAUGUGCCCUCUCCCUGCCCUUCCUUUCCAUGGGCCACUGUUUCCCUUGGGGCAGGGGGAAGGGUUGCCCAGGACCAGAACGCACACCUCACACUCCUCUUAGGUGACUAAUAAAGAGGC